AUGGCUAAAACAAACUCUGUGUGGUAUCGAACGGAAACAUUUCAUUUCAUUUCACCGAAGCGAAAAAUGCCUAUCACCUUUGAUCUCUUAUGCAAGAUCUAUCCUUUUGUGAAUUUUCUCUCUAGUAACGAUAUCAUCUUCUGGUCAGCAAUCACCUGUGGUCAUUUCUUACUCUUACGAGCAAGCGAGUUUACUGUAAACGGCAAUGAACCCUUCGACCCCUCUCAGCAUCUCACACUCAGCGACGUCAAUUCUCACCAGUCUCCGACCGGUGAGCACUACUGGACGGUGCGACUUAAACAGUCUAAAACAGACCAACAGCACGAAGGGGUAACAUUGUAUAUGUCGCAUACAAACCAUGUCAUCUGCCCAGCCUGCGCCAUGAAGUCUAAUGUUACUCUUCAACAAAGUCGGCCACGAAAGCCCACAGAUUCACCACUGUUCCUGCUCGAGCAUCAGCAAGUCUUAACUCGUCAACACCUAGUAACAUUUGUGUCUCAUUUGUUGCGACUAGUUGGCAUUGAUCCUACAGCCUACAGCGGGCACAGUUUUAGGAUUGGUGGAGCCACCUCUGCGUCUCUGGCUGGACUUAAAGAUUACGAGAUUCAAAUGCUUGGAUGCUGGAAAUCAGACUGUUACAAAACGUAUUUU